AUGAGCAUGGAUGCAGACAAUAUCUUCUUAAACACCACGUCAUCUCUAGUCUCGGCACAUUCUGUGCCGAAUAUCGAACUUUCCUGUGCUGUGUCUGACGCGGAUGCAAAGGCGGACGUCAGCAUGGACAGUGAUUCUUGCAUAACUAAAAGCAGCAGUGUCGAGCGACUUGUGCGUCUCACUAGACGGCUGACAGAAUGCAAGCACGUCUUUGCCGCGCUAGAAAAGGAGGAACAAAAACUGCAGCAGCAGAAGAAGACUUCCAACUUGUUAGACCUACCGGAUGAGGCGCAGGUGAAUGUGAGCAUGGUGGACAAUAAAUCGGGCGAGGAAGAGGAGGAGGAGUUGGAUGCGGACGAGAGUGCGGACCACUAUGUUUCAGGCGGGAGCUGCAAAGGUUCUCUGGAGAUAAAACCCAUAUCCCCGCACCUGGUGCAGCGUUUUGCUGAGUCUAGUUCCAAAAAGCCGCAAGGCGGGCGGGCAUCCAGUCUGGAGGUUCUACCUGUGCAUGACCAGUCCGCACCAAAACAAAAAUGGGCUCGACUGCUUGGUCUGACCACCUCAGACAUCGGUGAUGAAGCUGAAUUUGUGGUAAGUGGAUGCGUGUUUGAACGAAGUGUUUUAUUUGAGAUUUAG